GAUUGAUAUCAAUGAGAUUGAAUGGAACGAACCGAUAAAGAAACGUUGUCGAAGAAGGAAGAAGAGGGGCAAGCCAUCAUCCAAAUGUGGAAAUACAUAUUUGGUUUCUCUGAAAUGGCAGCCAUAAAAUGUGCCAUAGAGCUUCAAAUAGCUGAUAUCAUUGAAGACCAUGGCAGCCCCAUGACAUUGCCCCAACUCUCCUCCACUCUACACUGUUCUUCACCUCUCCUGCAUCGAAUCUUAAGAUUCCUCGUCAGUCGAGGAAUCUUCAAAGAAUAUUCCAUAUCCGACGACCUGAUCGGCUAUGCUCAGACCCCUCUAUCGCGCUUGCUCGCCACCAAGAACGGCAGCAGCUUGGCCCCCUUGAUGCUGCUGGAAGCCAGCCCGGCGAUGCUUGCAGCAUGGCACAACUUGAGCGCGUACGUCAAGAGUGGCGGCAGGUUCCCAUUUGAGGCUGCGCAUGGCAUGGACGUGUGGCGCUAUGCUGCGGCUAAUCCAAAGCAUAAUAGGCUGAUCAAUGAGGCCAUGGGGUGCUCUACGGGGCUGGUUGUGGCUGCUAUACUUGAUGGUUGUCAGGGGAUCUUUGAUGGGGUUGGGAGUUUGGUGGAUGUGGGUGGAGGAAAUGGAGCUACUUUGAGUGUUGUUGUUAAGGCUUGUUCGUGGAUUCGAGGUAUUAAUUUCGAUCUUCCUCAUGUUAUUUCUACGUCGCCUGUGUAUGAACGUGUGGAGCAUGUUGCUGGUGAUAUGUUUGAUUUUGUUCCAAAUGCUGAUGCUGCUUUCAUCAAGUGGACUCUACAUGAUUGGAACGACGAAGAGUGUAUCACUAUUUUGAAGAAUUGUAAGGAGGCGAUUCCGAAGAACACAGGUAAAGUGAUCAUUGUUGAUGCAGUAAUCGAUGAAAAAGAAGAAACCGAGCAAUCAGAUGUUGGGUUGAUGUUGGACUUGGUGAUGAUGGCUCAUACCAACACUGGCAAAGAAAGAACACGUAAAGAAUGGGCAUAUGUUAUUAAUGCAGUCGGUUUUAGUCGAUUCACUGUUACAUGCAUUCAAGCUAUCCAAUCAGUUAUCGAGUGCAUCCCAUAAAAGACUGAAAGAUUGAAUUCCUUAUUACGUCUAUUGUCUCAAUCUAUGUGUUUGAUUCUCUUGUUCUUUUUCUCAAAUGUCUAUUUUCUCAACUCUUAUCUCAGGUCUUUGUUGCUUGUAUUGGGUUUGGACUAAUGUCGGUCUAUUGUCUCAAUCUAUGUGUUUGAUUCUCUUGUUCUUUUUCUCAAAUGUCUAUUUUCUCAACUCUUAUCUCAGGUCUUUGUUGCUUGUAUUGGGUUUGGACUAAUGCCGAUCUCAUGAUCAUGUUGAUA